GUUGCCGGGUUGACCCAAGCUAUUGCUCUCAAAACCAAACUCAAAUUUCACAAUUUCACAAUAUUUGAGAAAGGGUCUGAAGUCGGUGGAGUGUGGCGGGUACGUUUUUGUCAUGUACCAAACAUUCUCCUGACAUUCUUUCCACAGGCUAAUACAUAUCCUGGAUGCUCGUCGGAUAUUGACAUCCAUUGGUACAGCUUAUCAACAGACCUUUACCCAUAUUGGAACAAGUCUCAUGGCCUUCAACCGGAGAUUCAAGCCUACUGGAUUGAGCUCUCAAAGAAAUAUAAUCUAUAUCCGCACAUUAAAUUCAACACGAGGGUGCUAUCUGCGGAGUGGGAUGAUGCCAAACAACAGUACACCGUCAUCGCGGAAGAUAUCUUUUCAGGCAAGAAGACGACGAGUGUGGCCCAUGUCGUAAUAUCCGCCCUUGGUAUUUUGGAGGUCCCAAAUCUCCCAUACGAGAUCCCUGGAGUUCGGAAGUUUCAGGGAGCUUCAUUUCACUCUGCACAGUGGCCAGGCUCGAUGGAUUUGCAGAAUAAGCGUGUUGCGGUGAUUGGAAAUGCCUCUUCCGGAGCACAAUUCGUGCCAUCUAUAUCUGCAGAUCCAUCUGUUGAAGUAGUGAACUUCAUCCGCACCCCGACCUGGUUCGUCACCCGACCACAUGUUCCGUACUCGGACGCUGCGAAAUGGAUUUUUGCUAACAUCCCUCUGGUGAUGCGACUGCAUCGAGCUUGGAUCAUGUUCUGGUUCGUUGCUCCCCUUCACUUACCCAUGGGUGAUAAAACUCUCCAGAAACAACGUGACUCGAUGACGAAGUACAUCCUUGAUAACACACCAGAUAAAUAUCAUUUUCAUAUGAUACCUGAUCACCCUCCAGGCUGCAAGCGGACUGUCGCGGACAAUGGUUUCCUGGAAAGUCUCUAUCGCUCUAACGUGACACUGAACUUUGACGGAAUCGCCGAGAUAGUGGAGAAUGGCAUCAUUACGAAAACUGGUGAAAUGUUGCCAUUUGAUGUCAUUGUAUACGCGACCGGAUUCAUUGGCGAGCGGUACCCGAUGCACGUUCGUGGCUGGAAUGGAGCUACUGUCCAAGGCUAUUAUGAUGCGCAUGGUGGCCCUACCGCAUACAUCGGGACUGCGAUUCCAGACACACCAAACUUUUACUUGAUCAAUGGACCAAAUACUGGAACGCGAAUAUCGGCGUUGUUCAUUACAGAAGUGCAAGUUGCAUACAUCCUCCAACUCAUAGAGCCGGUCCUUACCGGAUCUGCCUCAUCUCUCACUAUCAAAGCCACUCCCACAGAUACAUAUAACGCCAAGCUACAAGAACAGCUCUCUCGCUCGGUCCACGUACACUGCCAAUCUUGGGCGCGUACGAACGGUACAGACAAAGUAUUUUAUCCGUUUCCUUGGCCUGCGACGGUUUGGUGGUGGUUACUUCGUAGACCGAAUUGGAAUCAUUAUAUAGCAGUCGGCGCCGAGAAAUGGGUAUGGGCAAGGCGAAUCAAGGCUGUUAAGAAGUUUUUGAAAUGCAGCGCAGUUCUGACGCUAUUGUGGUCAUACAUCAGCUUGCGCAGCGGAUAUGACACGACAUGGUGGUGA